UUAGCAUUAAUUCACUCUUCAAAAAUUUUAGCGCAACUUUUCUUGCUAAUCAUCUUUCUCUCUCUCUCUCUCUCUCUCUCUCUCUCUCUCUCUCUGUGCGGGAAUUCAUUUCUUUUAGUUGUCGCUCCUCAAUGCGCAGAUUCAAGCGACCUAUCUUGGGUUUCUUUCCGUAUCUUUAUCUGGUUUAUCUCUGAGCCGAGCUCAGAAGUCACGAAAAGCUCCGGAAUGCGGCCUGCGGGUCUUCUGAUCCUGGCCUUUGCGGCAGUGCUAGUACCGGUGUCGCUAGUCUUCUGUGCUUUCCCGUCGACUGUUAUCCCUCUGGAGAGAGCUUUUCCUCUUAACCAGCGGGUGGAGUUGAGUGAACUCAGAGCUAGGGACCGAAUCAGGCACGCAAGAAUCUUGCAGGGUGUGAUGGGUGGUGUAGUCGACUUCUCCGUCGAAGGUUCAUCCGAUCUCUUCCUCGUCGGGCUUUAUUUUACAAAAGUGAAGCUGGGCUCUCCUCCUAGAGAAUUCAACGUUCAGAUUGAUACUGGGAGUGACAUCUUGUGGGUUACCUGCAGUUCUUGUAGUGACUGUCCCAAAUCCAGUGGACUUGGAGUUGAGCUCCACUUCUUUGACACUGCCAGUUCAUCAACUGCUGGAUUGGUAUCGUGUUCGGACCCAGUAUGUGAUUCUCGAAUUCAAACCACUGCAACUCAAUGCUUUCCUCAGAGCAACCAGUGUGGUUAUUCUUUCCAAUAUGGUGAUGGAAGUGGGACAUCAGGAUAUUAUGUAACCGACAAAUUGUACUUUGAUGCAAUUCUAGGACAGUCAGUGGUUGCUAACUCUUCGGCUUUUAUUGUUUUUGGAUGUAGUAAUUAUCAGUCUGGAGACUUGACUAAAACAGACAAAGCUGUGGACGGGAUAUUUGGAUUUGGCCAAGGAGCCCUUUCUGUUAUCUCACAAUUGUCAGCACGAGGGAUAACACCUCGGGUAUUCUCUCACUGCUUGAAAGGAGCAGAUAGUGGAGGAGGCAUAUUGGUCCUUGGUGAAAUAUUGGAGCCAAGUCUUGUUUACAGUCCACUUGUCCCAUCACAGCCACAUUAUAACUUAAAUCUACAGAGUAUUGCUGUUAAUGGACAAUUGUUGCCAAUCAACCCAGCAGCAUUUGCAACAUCUAAUAACCGUGGGACUAUUAUUGACACUGGAACAACUUUGGCAUAUCUUGUCGAGGAGGCUUAUGAUCCAUUUAUAAGUGCUAUCACGGCCAGUGUUUCCCAAUUAGUAACACCUACAAUUUCUAAAGGAUACCAAUGUUAUCUAGUACCAUCAAGCAUAGAGAUAUUUCCCCCAGUGAGUCUAAAUUUUGCUGGAGGUGCUUCCAUGGUAUUAAAACCGGAAGAGUAUCUUAUACAUCUUGGUUUCUAUGAUGGUGCUGCACUAUGGUGCAUCGGCUUUGAGAAAAUUCAGGGAGGAGUAACAAUUUUAGGAGACCUUGUCCUAAAGGAUAAGAUCUUUGUGUAUGAUCUUGCCCGGCAACGAAUAGGAUGGGCCAACUAUGACUGUUCAUUGUCUGUAAAUGUUUCCGUAACAUCUGGUAAAGACCAGUUUAUGAAUGAAGGACAGCUUAGUGUAAACAACUCAUCAGGAGAUGUCUCUCUGAAGCUACUAUUCGUUACCAUGAUGGCCAUCCUUAUGCACCUGUUGGUUUGCAUGGAGUUGUACUUUUUGUAACUUAAGCAACAGGUUUCUAAAAUCCAUUCUUUUUCAAAUGUCAAUUUGUUGGGCCGAUCUUUUAUUUAUGGUGAUCGGCAAAACCUUCACUCCAGCCAGAGCUGCAAAGGCUGCCUGUUUCUGCAGUGUAUGAUUCUUUCCCGGUCCAGACUCCUCGAUAUUGAGCAUUCUUCUGUUCUUCUAAUGGGGUUGCACAUUGUAAAAGCUCCCUCCCUAUCGGUAUAACUUGUAAAUUUUACUCUACAUUGGACUUGGGUGUUGUAGCAUUAAUAUCAUCAGUUGGUUAAAUGUGAAGGAAAGCCAUUGAAAGCUUAAAAAGCUGUAAGUGUAGUUACUGCUUCUGGUUAGGCAGAGAUGUAGAAAUGAUAUGAAAUGAUAUCUUGUGGGUGUUAUUGCUGGUUGAUUUUGUAAGACUUAUUUCCAGCAAUAAUUGAGAUAGUACUCAGUUUUGCCUGCUU